UGACAGUCGCUUUGGAGACUUUUUGUUGCCAUGACGACCGGCGCGAAAUUCGAUUUCGGUGCGACUUUGUUUGUUCAAUAAAGUUUUUGCAUUGAUUUUCAUAGUCGUGCAUAAUAGCUGUGGGAUAGAACGUUGAAUUGCAAAAAUAGUAAAUUUAUAAAAUUAUUUACAUUUUGUUUUUUAUUCUGUGAAAUUAUUGACAGCAUGUUUGUGCAAAAGAAAAAAUUGGUGGAACAUGUUUUGGCAAUGCGUGCGAAUGCAGGCAGUGCUAGUGAGGACGAAGAAGAGGAGGAGGACGAAGGAGACAUUUUACAGCGUCGGCGCGAAGAAUGCGAACGCAAAGCUCGCCGCGGGGAAAUGGAUCCUCGGUUGGAGUUCACCUUCCAACUGCUGAUCGAUGCGACGCAGCUGCCGCGGCAUCAGCUCAUGGAUUAUAUAUUCGAAGGGGAUAUGCUCGAUGAGAUCAAUCAGCUCUUUUUGCCGAAUAUGAAAAACAAGUUACUCUGGUUCUAUCAAGAGGUGGAUGAGCCGGAGCCGCAGCCCGUGGUGGAUGCCAAUAAGCCGGGACCGUCACGUACGGGCAUGGCAUCGAGUAGCUCAAAGACGCCACAGGGUGGCGCCUCGCCCAGCGGAUUGCCUCCGCCCAAGCAGAAGAAACUAUUUCUAACUGAUGGCUGGACCUGCGCCUUUACUGGAGUCUGUAUUUAUAUCUUUCGCGUGAAUACGUCUAAGCAGCUGCCAGAGGAGGGCUUUCAAAAGGAUUUAUACUGUGGCGUCAUCGAUGCCAAGAAUAUUGGCCUGGUCACCUCCAUCGAGCGCAUUGUGGAGUUUGUGUUUAUGCAGGCGUUGGCCUUCCCCAGCCUCGAGGGCGAUGAGGAGGAUGUGAGCUGCGGACUUAUCAAGGGCCAGCUCUUGCCAGGUUUGCGAUCCUUCUGCAGCGCGUUGCGUGUCUGCGAGCAGGUCUGUGAUCAUUAUAACGUAUUUGCCGAUGGGUGCGACAUGUUCGAUGGCUGCGUUGUGGUCGAUGAGGUGAAGGACAUGGCCAAGAAUCAGGAGUUUUGCGCACAGCUGGAGGAGCGUGUGAACAACUGGUCAAAGGGCAUACUCAAGAUUCUGGGCGAGAGCGAGCAGCUGCGCAAGGAGAACGAUCACAGUGGACCCCAGGACGAACUGGAGUACUGGAAGAAGCGAGGCGCUCAAUUCUCCCAACUGCUGGCUCACCUGCAGGACAAGGAAGUGCAGUUCACACUGCACUGUCUCUUCCUAGCCGGUUCGAGGAUUAUGCGCCAGUGGAAGGAAACCGAUCGCAAAAUAACCUUCUGCUACAACGAGGCGCGUGACAAUUCCAAGUUCAUCCAGGCCAUGGAAACGUGUUGCCAUUCGCUAUAUCUGGACGAUCCGGUCAGCAUGAAGGAGUCCAUAUUGAGUCUCUUGCAGACGGUGCGAUUGAUCUACAGUGUCUCCCAAUUUUACAACACUUCGGAGCGGACUUCGGCGCUGAUGGUUAAGAUAACAAAUCAAAUGAUUGAGACAUGCAAGUCCUACAUCACUUGUCGCUGCAAGGAAACAAUUUGGUCUCAAGAUCGAACUCUUAUACGCACCAAAUUGAGCAACUGCAUCAAACUGAAUCAUAUUUACCAUGAGACCUAUUAUACAGUCAGAGAGCAGCCAUUUUUGCCGCAUCAAACUCCAUUUGGAUUCUCCGAAAACUUUGUAUUUGGCAAAUUCGACACGUUCUGCGAGCGUUUGUCGAAAAUUAUAAAUAUGUUUAAUCUGAUUGACGAUUACAAUCAUCUGUUUGAGCGCCGCUUGGAGGGUCUGCUGUUAGGCGAGGCCUUAGAGGAUGCCUCCAAUCACUUCGAGGAGGCCAAAAAGGAAAUCACAUCCAAGAAGUACGAUUACCUGGAUCAUCGCAAUGCAGAUUUUAAUGACGACUUCGAUCGAUUCAUGAGCAAAACGGAUUCGCUCAAGGAUACGAUUGCCACACUGAUCGAGCGAGACUUUGACACGGUGUGGGAGACGCCUCAGUGCAUUCGCUUUCUGGUGCGCUUCGAGAAGGUCAGCGAGAAGAUACCGCUGACCCGCAUGGACGAGAAGUACACUCGCAUACUGCGCUAUGUGGAGAAAGAGGUGGACCGCAUACUGAAGACCUUUCGCCGGCAGCGCGAUGAUCCGCCUCUGGCUCGCAAUUUUCCGCCCAUGGCUGGGCGAAUCCACUGGUGUCGCGCCUUGCGCUUGCAUCUAUCGGAGCUGAUGGAUGCCGUCAUGGAUCAUGGAGUGCUCAGCACACUGCCCCUAGCCAGAGAUCUGGAUGUGCGCUUCAACAAUGUGAUGGGCGUCUUGCAGGAGUAUGAGGAUGAAAUAGUCUCCAUUUGGCUGGAUCAGGACAUAAGUGUGGCCGAUGCCUGCCUGCUGCAGCCGCUGCUCUGUCUACAGGGCGAUCGUUUGUUUGUCAACUUGCAUCCCACAAUUCCUCUGCUGAUUCGCGAGGCCAAGAUGCUGGCCAAGCUGAAAAUCGAGCUGCCCAUUGUGGCUGCCACGCUGAUGAGUCGCCAUCAGUAUUUCAUCACCAUACAGGACUCGCUGAAUAGCCUUAUCAAAAUGUUUUUGUCCACGGUCAAGGCUGUCAAGCUGGAGGUGCGUCCCUUGUUCCUGCCCCAGCUGGUGCGUCUGACGGCCAUGCUGAAGCCGGGUCUGCAUACCAUCAAUUGGACCAACCAGAACUGGACUCAAUUCUAUGACCGCUGCAAGCAGGCCAUUGAGACCUUCGAAGUGCUGGUGGCGCGCGUGCACGACAUCUACUCGAAUCGCAUACUCAACGUGCUCAUGUGGAUGCAGGAGGUGUCGCUGCAGAUAUUGCCAGCAGACGAUGAAAUCUGGACAGUUGAUGAAUUUCUGGAGCGCAGCGAGGAGGCAUGCAGAAAAGCUGCCAUCGAGCUCAAUCGGAAAAGUCAGAUGGUCUCGGAGGCAGUGGAGGAAGUUCUCAGUUUGGUAGACAAGGCAACGGAGACGUUUAAGGAGAUUGCUGGCGAUGAUGUGGUUACCUUGUUCGACGGCAAGUCCUGCAAUUGCUAUGCAGCUCAACUCGAUUCAAUGUAUGCAAAUCUCUCUUCAAUAGCCACGCCCAAGGGCGACCAGUCCGCAUCGGGUGGACGCAAGGCGGAGGAAGGCGGUGCAGCUGGAGCUUCAACGGCGAAUGCAUCAGGUGGAGCUACAUCGGGUGGAGGGGCUGGCGGUCAACAGCAGGACUGGAGCAUUUUGUGGUCCUGUUUUGAGAAUCCGCUGACGCUGUUAUCCACCACAGACAGUCUGCCCAAGGGCAUGCAGGACAUGGUCUGCAAUGCUGUCGUCGAGAUGCGCCGCUAUUACAGCCGCAAGGUCAUCGAUGUGCUGAUCAAGGUGAUUCGCGCGGCCCUGGACACUCUGCGGCGUCGGUUCAUCGCCGAUGAGAAUGAGACGGCAUUGAAGAAGCCGAUAUUUGCAUUGCACGCGCAGCUGCAGAUACCCAAUGUGGUGAUCAAACCGAGUCUGGACGAGCUGCAGGACAUUUUGGUGACGGCUGGCAAGAAUAUCACGGGCAUUGCGAAGGGUGUGGCGCAGUGGACCAGCGGCAAGGAUCCGCCGGUUCGUACCACACCGUUAAAUAGCUUCGCAAUGUUCUCAAAAAUCUUGUCUUACCAACCGCAGCAAGUUUCGAUGACGGUGCAGCCGCGCGUCGGACGCAAUCACACGGAUGCCGCUGGUGGCUCCAAGAAUCGACGCCGCAAGAUCUACUGCCUGGCCUCCGAGGAGCGACCCCAGAUGCCGUACAUGCUCAAGAGCUUCUACUCGGCCAUCAUGGACAACAAAGAGGUGGCUAAGGCACUCAAUCAGCUCUCCAGCUGCACCAAGAACAUUAAGCCCGAGAUUCAAACCUACAUCAAACGCUGGAAGCCGUAUCACUUCCUAUGGAAGAACGAUCGCACCACACGCCAGCUGAUGGAGUUUGGGCUGCAACAGUUCGAGUCCACAUUGCGCUGCCUGGCGGAGCUGGAUGCGAACCUUCUAAUUGAGCCGGACAUGGAGGUCUUCGGGCAGUGCGUAGCGGUCUAUAAUGAGAGGCUCAAGUAUGGUUUGGCCAUUGAGAUCAAGUCCUGCAACCAUAAAAUUGGGCAAGCCAUGAAGAAGAAAUAUAAGAAGGAAAUGGACUAUGUGUAUGCGGUGAUCAAUGAGAUGGAUCGUAAACUGGACCGACCCAUACGUGACCUGGACGAUGUGCGCAUGAUAAUGGAGACACUGAGUAAGAUACGCGAACAGGAGGUGGACAUGGAGCUGCGCAUAGAUCCCAUUGAGGAAGCCUUCAAUGUGCUCACCCGGUAUGAGGUGCAGGUGGAACGGGAACAAUUCGAUUUGGUGGACAAUUUACGGACAACAUUUCAGAACCUACUCUCUGCGGCGCUGCAGGCGCAGGUGAAACUGUUGGAAAUGCAGCCGGCGUUCCAGGGUGACUUGCGCAGCAAUCUAGACAACUUUAAGCAGGAUAAGAUUGCCUAUGUGACGGAAUAUCGCACAGCGGGACCCAUGCAGGCGGGUCUAACGCCGCGCGAGGCUUCCGACCGUCUGAUACUGUUCCAGAAUCGUUUCGAGGGCAUGUGGCGCCGCCUGCAGACGUACCAAAGCGGCGAGGAACUCUUCGGUCUGCCACAAACUGAUUAUCCAGAGCUGGGCCAGAUACGCAAGGAGCUCAAUUUGCUGCAGAAGCUCUACAAGCUAUACAAUGAUGUGAUUGAUAGGGUUAGCAGCUACUACGAUAUACCGUGGAACGAGGUCGACAUUGAAGAGAUUAACAAUGAGCUAAUGGAGUUCCAGAACCGUUGUCGCAAGCUACCCAAGGGCUUGAAGGAAUGGCCCGCCUUCCAUGCUCUGAAGAAGACCAUCGACGAUUUCAAUGACAUGUGUCCACUAUUGGAGUUGAUGGCGAAUAAAGCCAUGAAGCCACGCCAUUGGCAACGGAUCAUGGAUGUUACUCGCUACAUCUUCGAGUUCGACUCGGAGGGUUUCUCGCUUAAGAACAUACUGGAGGCGCCGCUGCUCAAGCACAAGGAGGACAUCGAGGAUAUUUGCAUCAGCGCCAUGAAGGAGAAGGACAUUGAGGCCAAGCUUAAGCAGGUGACCAACGAAUGGUCUGUGCACGAGCUCCAAUUCAUGAGCUUCAACAAUCGCGGCGAGCUGCUGCUGCGCGGCGACACAACAGCCGAGACCAUUGGCCAGCUGGAGGAUAGUCUAAUGGUGCUCGGCUCAUUGCUAUCGAAUCGCUAUAAUGCGCCCUUUCGCAAACAAAUCCAGCAAUGGGUCUACGAUCUGUCCAAUUCCAAUGAAAUACUGGAACGCUGGCUGCUUGUACAGAACAUGUGGGUCUACCUCGAGGCUGUCUUCGUGGGCGGCGACAUAGCCAAGCAGCUGCCCAAGGAGGCGAAGCGCUUCUCCAAAAUCGACAAGUCCUGGCAGAAGAUAAUGCAGCGCGCUCACGAGACUCCAGGCGUGGUGGCCUGCUGCGUGGGCGAUGAUCUGCUCAAGCAGCUGUUGCCACAUCUUCAGGAGCAGCUAGAAAUAUGUCAGAAAUCCCUGAGCGGUUAUUUAGAACGUAAGCGGAUUAUGUUUCCGCGCUUCUUCUUCGUCUCGGACCCAGCUCUGCUCGAGAUACUUGGCCAGGGCUCCGAUUCGCAUACCAUUCAGAACCACUUGCUAAACAUCUUCGAUAACACCAAAUGCGUCAAGUUCCAUGACGUGGAGUACAACAAGAUGAUGGCGAUCAUUAGCAGCGAGGGCGAGAUGAUACAGCUGGAUCGAGCCAUACGAGCCGAGGGCUCGGUCGAGACAUGGCUAACUCAAUUGCUGGUCACAGCACAGCAGUCACUGCAUUCCAUCAUACGCACAGCCUAUGCGACAAUAAACGACCCGAAUUUCACGUUGUUGAGCUUCUUAGAGAAGGUGCCGGCACAGAUUGGUUUAUUGGGCAUACAAAUGAUUUGGACGCGCGAUGCAGAAAUGGCUCUGAUGCAGGCCAGGCAUGAGAGGAAGGUCAUGUCCGAGACAAACAACAAAUUCCUUGAGAUGCUCAACACGCUCAUCGAUCAGACGACUCGCAAUCUGUCCAAGCGCGAGAGAACCAAUUUCGAAACCUUGAUUACCAUCCAUGUGCAUCAGCGGGAUAUUUUUGAUAUACUGUGUCGCAUGAACAUCAAAUCCUCAAAUGACUUCGAAUGGCUAAAGCAAUGCCGUUUUUACUUUAAAGAGGACUUGGACAAGACCUGGAUAUCUGUCACAGAUGUCACAUUCACCUACCAGAACGAAUACCUGGGUUGCACAGAUCGGCUGGUGAUAACACCACUAACGGAUCGUUGCUACAUCACCUUAGCCCAGGCGCUGACACUCAGCAUGGGCGGAGCGCCGUGUGGCCCGGCGGGCACGGGCAAAACGGAAACUGUAAAGGAUAUGGGCAAGACGCUGGCCAAGUAUGUUGUCGUUUUUAAUUGUUCCGAUCAAAUGGAUUACAGGGGCCUGGGUCGUAUCUACAAAGGUCUGGCACAGUCCGGCAGCUGGGGCUGUUUCGACGAAUUCAAUCGCAUCGAGCUGCCCGUGCUGUCCGUAGCGGCCCAACAGGUGGCCGUUGUCCUUACCGCCAAGAAGGAGAAAAAGAAGACUUUCCUCUUCACAGACGGCGACACCAUCGAAAUGAAUCCCGAGUUCGGCAUCUUCAUAACCAUGAAUCCUGGAUAUGCUGGUCGCAAGGAGCUGCCGGAGAACUUGAAAAUUCAAUUUCGCACGGUGGCCAUGAUGGUGCCUGAUAGACAGAUAAUCAUAAGAGUGAAAUUGGCUAGUUGUGGAUUUUUGGAGAACAUCACCCUGGCCCGCAAAUUCUAUACUCUAUACAAGCUGUGCGAGGAGCAGCUGACCAAACAAGUUCACUAUGAUUUCGGGCUGAGAAAUAUAUUGUCCGUGUUGCGUACAUUGGGCGCAGCCAAGCGCCGGAACUCUAAGGAUAGCGAGAGUACGAUUGUGAUGCGGGUCCUGCGCGACAUGAAUCUCUCCAAGCUGAUUGACGACGAUGAGCCGCUCUUCAUAUCGCUGGUGUCGGACUUGUUUCCCAAUCAGACUCUCGAAAAGACCAACUACCCUGAAUUGGAAGCAGCCAUACUACAGCAAACGGAAGAGGCUAGUCUGGUCUACCAUCCUCCAUGGGUUCUAAAGCUAAUACAGCUUUACGAGACGCAGAAUGUGCGACACGGCAUCAUGACCCUAGGUCCGAGUGGGGCUGGCAAAAGUACCUGCAUCCAUACGCUAAUGAAAGCCAUGACCCAGAUGGGCGAUUAUCAUCGAGAGAUGCGCAUGAAUCCGAAGGCUAUAACAGCAGCUCAGAUGUUCGGACGCCUCGAUGUGGCAACGAAUGACUGGACCGAUGGCAUCUUCUCGGCGCUGUGGCGCAAAACUCUAAAGCUGAAAGCUGGGGAGCACGUCUGGCUGGUGCUGGAUGGUCCCGUGGACAGUAUCUGGAUAGAAAAUUUGAACUCUGUGCUGGACGACAACAAGACCCUGACACUGGCCAAUGGCGAUCGACUGACCAUGGCGCCCACGGUUAAGAUCAUUUUUGAGCCACACAACAUUGAUAAUGCAUCGCCGGCAACGGUUUCCCGUAAUGGCAUGGUUUACAUGAGCUCCUCCGGCUUAGACUCGCGGCCUAUUGUGCAGGCCUGGCUGAAAAAUCGAGCUCCUGGCGAGAAGGCGAUUUUCUCUCAACUCUUCGACCAGAACUUUGUCGAGGUCUAUAACUGGGGUGCACAGAAUGUGAAGCUACAAAUGCCUGUGCUGCAGUGCAACAUAGUGCAGCAGAUGCUGUUUAUAUUGGAGGGACUGAUCCCCACCAAAAAAGAGGAUGAGCAGGCUGUGAGCUUGUCCAGCAAGGAGAGUCAAGAUGCGGCCAAGCGCCUUGAGCAACAAAAACAUAACGAAGAAGUGCGACGGCAAUCAAUUGGCAGUCAGAUUGUCGAAAUUCCAGAGGAGAAUGCCGUGGAGGAGAAGGAGGACACCUGUACGCCGGAGCAUUUGCACCGCUUGUAUGUAUUCGCGCUGGCCUGGGGCCUGGGGGGUUAUCUCUCGACUACAGAUCGCGUUAAAAUGAAUCUGUUCGUUAAGGAAACGUUUCCGCAGUUGGACUACCCGAAGGGUAGCGCCCAUGAGAAUACAAUAUUUGACUUUUUCGUUUCUCCAACGGGCGUGUGGCAGUCGUGGAAGACGCUGGUCACGCCCUACAUGUAUCCGGAGCUUUCCACACCGGACUAUUUAAGUAUUCUGGUGCCCAUUGUGGAUAAUGUGCGUAUCGACUAUCUGAUCGGCACCAUUGCCAAUCAGGAGCGCGCCGUGAUGGUCAUCGGCGAACAGGGAACUGGCAAAACCGUCAUCAUGAAGAACUUCAUGAAGAAAAUGAACAUUGAGACCUAUAUGGGAAGGUCAUUCAAUUUCUCAUCGGCCACCAGUCCGUAUCAGUUUCAGCGCACAAUCGAAAGCUACGUGGAGAAGCGAGUUGGUGUUACGUUCGGACCACCCGGUGGUCGUAAGUUGAUCGUCUUCAUUGACGACAUUAAUUUGCCCGAGAUCAAUGAGUGGGGCGAUCAGAUAACCAACGAGAUUGUGCGACAGUCGAUGGACAUGAAGGGCUUCUAUAGCCUGGAGAAGCCGGGCGAUUUCACCACCAUUGUGGAUGUACAAUAUGUGGCGGCCAUGGGUCUGCCCGGCGGUGGACGCAAUGACAUCCCAUCCCGUUUGAAGCGACAAUUUUGUGUAUUUAAUUGCAAUAUUCCCGACAACGAUUCCAUUGAUAAGAUCUUCCGCGUUAUCGGUGAGGGUCACUACAACGCCAAGCGCGGUUUUGUGCCCGAGGUUCGCAAUCUGGUCAAGAAAUUGAUACUGGUGACACGGCAUCUAUGGCAGCGCACACGAGAAAAGCUAUUGCCUACGCCAGCGAAAUUCCACUACGUCUUUAGUUUGCGCGAUCUGUCGCGCAUCUGGCAGGGCAUGGUUGGCACCUUAUCCACAGUGAUCACCGCGGAGAGCGUGCUCAUGUCAUUGUGGAAGCAUGAGUGUACGCGUGUAUUUGCCGAUCGUUUUACCACAUUCCAGGACAAGGAGUGGUUCGGCUCAGAGUUGGCAGCGCUAGUGCGCGAGGAGCUGGGUGAGUCCCAUUCCCAAAUGAUAAUACCGAAUCCGGUAUUUGUGGAUUUCAUGCGGGAUGCCCCCGAGCCGACUGGCGAGGAGGGCGAGGACACUGAUAUGGAAUUACCCAAGGUCUAUGAACCGGUGAACUCUCAUAACUCGUAUGAAGCGCUACGCGAGCGUCUCGUUAUGUUUCUCGCCCAAUUCAAUGAGAUGGUGCGAGGCUCCGGAAUGGAUUUGGUUUUCUUCCCAGAUGCAAUGUUGCAUUUGGUGAAGAUCUCCCGCAUCAUUCGGCAUCCGAGAGGCAACGUUAUGCUAGUCGGGGUCGGAGGUUCUGGAAAACAGUCGCUGACGAAAUUGGCAUCCUUCAUUGCCGGCUACAAGACAUUCCAAAUUGCGUUGACGCGUUCGUACAAUGUGGCCAACUUUUUAGAGGACCUAAAGCUGCUCUAUCGCACCUGCGGCGUUCAGGGCAAGGGCACAACCUUUCUCUUCACCGAUAUGGAUAUUAAAGAGGAAGGUUUCCUUGAGUAUCUCAAUAACAUACUCUCGAGCGGCGUCAUAUCCAAUCUCUUCUCGCGCGAUGAGCAGGCCGAAAUCGUGCAGGAAUUGACGCCGGUCAUGAAACGCGAGAAUCAACGCAAAACAGCGACCCCGGAGAGUGUGAUGGAUUUCUUUUUGGCGCGCACCUGCACAAAUUUGCACGUAGCUUUUUGUUUCUCACCUGUGGGAGAGACAUUUAGAUCGCGGGUGCAGCGCUUUCCCGCCUUGGUCUCCGGCUGCACCAUCGAUUGGCUGCAUCCGUGGCCCAAGGACGCAUUGGUCUCGGUUGCCAGACACUUUCUCAGCCACUUCGAGAUUGAGUGUACACCGGCCGUUAAGGAAGAGCUGGUUAAUGCGCUCGGCUCCAUUCAGGACAUUGUUGCGGAAACAUCGCACGAAUAUUUCCAGCGUUUCCGUCGCGCCACUCACGUGACACCCAAGUCUUAUCUGAACUUCAUUGCCGGCUAUAAGAACAUUUACCAGCUCAAGCAGCAAGAGCUGCGAGAUGGUGUGGAGAAGAUGGAUACGGGUUUGGAGAAACUGAAAGAGGCCUCCGCCUCGGUUGAGAUUCUAAAAAAAGAUCUGGUCGUCAUGGAGGAAGAGCUAGUCGAAGCCUCCAAGAACGCCGAAUCUGUGUUAGUCGAGGUCACUGAGCGUGCCAUGCAAGCGGAGAUAGUCAAGAAUCAGGUGCUCAUCGUCAAGGACAAGGCGGAGGCUCUCGUUGCCUGCAUUGCCAACGAGAAGGCCUUGGCCGAGGAGAAGCUUGAGGCAGCGAAGCCUGCCUUAGAGGAGGCUGAGAAUGCGCUGAAUACCAUCAAGCCAGCUCACAUAGCCACCGUGCGUAAGUUAGGUCGUCCGCCGCAUCUUAUAAUGCGCAUCAUGGACUGCGUGCUCAUCCUGUUUAAACGCAAACUGCACCCCUGUAUACCCGACUCGGGCACACCGUGUCCGAAACCCUCCUGGCAGGAGUCCCUAAAGAUGAUGGCCAGUGCCACGUUUCUGCUGCAACUGCAAAACUACCCAAAGGAUACCAUUAACGAUGAGAUGAUAGAUCUGCUACAGCCCUACUUCCGCAUGGAGGACUAUAACAUGGACAUGGCAAGACGUGUGUGCGGAGACGUUGCGGGUCUGCUCUCCUGGACCAAGGCAAUGGGCUUCUUCCACAGCGUCAACAAGGAAGUGCUGCCCCUGAAGGCAAAUCUCACGCUUCAGGAGGCGCGCCUUAAGCUUGCCAUGGACGAUCUGGCUGGAGCCGAAGAGCAGCUGCGGGAGCGCGAGGAGGCGCUACAGGCGGUCAAGGAUCAGUACGACAAAGCCGUAGGCGAGAAGCAACGCCUCAUGGAUGCAGCCAAUGUCUGUCUGCGCAAGAUGACGGCAGCUACGGCGCUCAUCAAUGGCCUGUCGGAUGAGAAGCAUCGCUGGACCAACCAGAGCAAAGAAUUCAAAAUACAGCUGGGCAAGUUGGUGGGCGACGUGCUCUUAGCCACCGGAUUUCUAUCCUAUUGCGGGCCGUAUAAUCAGGAAUUUCGAGCUAAUCUGAUCAGGACGUGGAUGGGCAUACUCAAGCAGAAAAGCAUUCCGUUUACCACAGGCCUCAACAUCAUCAAUAUGCUGGUGGACUCCUCGACGGUAUCCGAGUGGACGCUCCAGGGUCUGCCCAAUGAUGAUUUAUCCGUGCAGAAUGCGCUCAUUGCGACCAAGUCGAGUAGCUAUCCGCUGUUGGUGGAUCCUCAGACACAGGGCAAGAUCUGGAUCAAGUGCAAGGAGGAUCGCAAUGAACUUCAGAUAACCUCGCUGAAUCACAAAUACUUUCGCACACACCUGGAGGACUCGUUAUCCCUGGGCAGACCGUUGCUUAUAGAGGAUGUGGGCAUCGAUCUGGAUCCGGUCAUCGACAAUGUGCUAGAGAAGAACUUCAUCAAGUCUGGCAGCAUUGAAAAGGUGUUGGUGGGCGAUAAGGAGUGCGAUGUGAUGCCUGGCUUCAUGCUCUACAUAACCACCAAGCUGCCCAAUCCGGCCUUCAGUCCAGAGGUCAGCGCCAAGACAUCAAUCAUCGAUUUUACCGUAACCAUGCGUGGCCUGGAAGAUCAGCUGCUGGGACGCGUCAUCCUAAUGGAGAAAUCCGACUUGGAAGCCGAGCGCGUGGCUCUCUUUGAGACGGUCAUGCAAAAUCAGCGCAACAUGAAGGAGCUCGAAGCGAACCUCUUACUGCGCCUGAGCUCCUCGCAAGGCUCCCUAGUGGACGAUGAGGCGCUCAUCGAGGUGCUGCGUGUGACCAAAACCACGGCAGAGGAGGUCAACCAGAAGCUAAAGAUCUCCGAGGUAACCGAACGCAAGAUAAUGAAGGCACGCGAGGAGUUCCGAGCGGUGGCCAAACGGGGCUCCAUUCUGUACUUCCUCAUUGUCGAGAUGAGCAAUGUGAAUGCCAUGUACCAGAACUCCCUCAAGCAGUUCCUCGUCAUUUUCAACAACUCCAUCACGAAGUCAACCAAGUCGAGCGUCACCGAGGAGCGCAUUAACAUUAUCCUGCGUUACCUCACCUACGAGGUCUACAAGUUUACCAAUCGCAGUCUGUACGAGCGGCACAAGCAGCUCUUCACCCUGAUGCUGGCCAUCAAGAUUGACUACCACAAUGGGAAUAUCAGCCAUGAAGAGUUCUUAACGUUCAUAAAAGGUGGUGCUUCGCUUGAUUUGAACGCUGUGACGCCCAAGCCGUUCCGCUGGAUAUUGGACAUUACCUGGCUGAAUCUGGUGGAGAUUAGCAAGCUGGAGACCUUCUCGACAGUGCUGCAGAUCAUCGAGCUGAACGAACGCGACUGGCGCAGUUGGUAUGAGUGUGAGAAGCCGGAGAACGAGGAAAUACCCUGCGGCUAUAACUCCGUACUAGAUAGCUUCCGCAAGCUGUUGCUAAUACGGUCCUGGUGCCCGGACCGCACAAUAUCCCAGGCUAAGAAAUAUAUAGAGGAAUCUUUGGGGCCUGAGUACAGUGAGAUGCAAAUCCUGGAUUUGGAGGCAACCUGGGCUGAAUCCGAGCCACGUACGCCAUUCGUCUGCCUGCUGUCCAUUGGCUCAGAUCCAACGACCCAAAUCGGUGCAUUGGCCAAGCAGAAGGGCAUUACUCUCAAGUGCGUUUCCAUGGGUCAGGGCCAGGAGUAUCAUGCCCGCAAAAUGAUCAUGGAGUCGAUGGCCCAUGGCGGCUGGGUGUUGCUGCAAAAUGUGCAUCUAUCGCUGCCCUUCUGCUCGGAGGUCAUCGAUAUGCUGGUGGAGACGGAACACAUUGAUGACACCUUCCGCAUGUGGGUCACGACAGAGCCGCACUCCGAAUUUCCCAUUGGCCUGCUCCAGAUGGCGCUCAAGUUUACCAAUGAGCCCCCACAGGGCAUUCGAGCCAGUCUGAAGCGCAGCUAUCAGUCGUUUACACAGGACUUUUUGGACUACACCUCAGCCACCCAGUGGCCCUCUCUGCUGUAUACCGUUGCCUUUCUGCACACCAUUGUCCAGGAGCGGCGCAAAUUCGGCCCGCUCGGCUGGAAUAUACCCUAUGAAUUCAAUCAGGCGGACUUUGCAGCCAGCGUACAGUUCAUACAGAACCAUUUGGACGAAAUGGAUCCCAAGAAGGGCGUCUCGUGGCAAACGCUGGUCUACAUGAUUGGCGAGGUGCAGUAUGGUGGCCGAGUCACAGAUGAUUUCGACAAGCGCCUGCUGACCACGUUCACCUCAGUGUGGUUCUGCGAGCAGCUGCUGUCCAACACCUUUGAGUUCUACAAGGGCUACAAGGUGCCCAAUACGAAGAGCCUGCAGGGUUUCAUCGAUUACAUCAAUAGUCUGCCCGCCUACGACACGCCCGAGGUGUUUGGAUUACAUUCAAAUGCUGACAUCACGUACCAGAUUAACUCGGCCAAAGGCAUACUUGACACCAUCCUGAGUGUCCAGCCCAAAGAGGGCGGCGGGGGAGGCGGCGAGACCCGUGAGAGUAUCGUCUAUCAACUGGCCGAGGAUAUGCUGCGCAAGCUACCCGCCCAGUACAAUGCGUACGAGGUGCGUGAGAAUCUGACACGCAUGGGCAUCCUGCUGCCAAUGAACAUCUUUCUCAGGCAGGAAAUCGAUCGCAUGCAACGCGUCAUCAAACGUGUCCACACGUGCCUCUGCGAUCUGAAGCUGGCCAUUGAUGGUACUAUUGUGAUGAGUCCGGCACUGAAGGAGUCGCUGGACGCCAUGUACGAUGCCCGCAUCCCGGAGACCUGGAUGAAGAUAUCCUGGGAGUCUACAACGCUCGGCUUUUGGUACACUGAGCUGCUGGAGCGCAAUGCCCAAUUUCGUACCUGGAUUUCGACGGAUCGUCCAAGGGUGUUCUGGAUGACGGGCUUCUUUAAUCCACAAGGCUUCCUGACCGCCAUGCGGCAGGAGGUAACACGAGCGCACAAAGGUUGGGCCCUCGACUCUGUUGUGCUGCAGAAUCAAAUAACGCGCUACAACAAGGAGGACAUUACCGAGUAUCCCACAGAGGGUGUAUACGUGCAUGGACUGUUUCUAGAAGGUGCUUCGCUGGAUCGCCGCAGCGGCAAGCUGAUUGAGUCCAAAAUGAAGGUGCUCUAUGAACAAAUGCCGGUUAUCUACAUAUACGCCAUCAACACGACUGCCGGCAAGGAUCCCAAGCUGUACGAGUGUCCGAUCUACAGGAAACCACAGCGCACAGACCUCAAGUACGUGGGCUCCAUUGAUUUUGAGACGGACUUCAAUCCAAAGCACUGGACACUGCGCGGCGUAGCGCUGCUCUGUGACAUUAAAUAAAUAUGGAGUGGAACAACAACAUGGACAACAAAAUACACACACACCCAUACA